GACUCGCCUGAACACACCUCAACAGACCCGCUCGGCAGGCGCACGCGAGGAGUUUCCCCAGGCAGAAGUUUGUUUCCUUCACUGGGCUGCGAAGAAGAAGAAGACGAAGUAGAGCAGCGGCGAGACGCGGGACGGAGAUUUUUUUACCCGCUGAGAACGAGCUUUUGCCGGACCGUGGGACUUUCACUCUUUCUGUUUUCUUGGGAGUGAAUCAUUUCUGAUUCUGGGACGCUGUUGACAGAGACGAACGGGUGCCCGAGUUGACGCAUGCCCCCUGUGCUGACACUGACAGUUGUCGAUCACCCAGAGACUGUUCCCAUAAGCAGCUGGUAAGCGUCCCCCCACCCCCGUGUUUUUUCCCCCCACUAUACGACUUUAUGUCUACAAAGAUGGAACAGCCUUUUUACCACGACGACUCGUUUCUGUCGGCUUACGGCCACUCCGACGCGGCAUUGCACGACUACAAGCUGCUGAAGCAGAACAUGAAUUUGAACUUGUCCGAGCCCUAUCGCAGCUUGAAGUCCCAGCUGAGGGCCGAGGCGGAGCAGUACCAGGGGGGGCAGCAGGACAUGAUGGGGUCUCUGAAGCUCGCGUCCCCGGAGCUCGAGAGGCUCAUCAUCCAAAACAGCAACGGCGUGAUCACCACUCCCACCCCCGGCCAGUACUUCUACAACCGCGGCAUCACCGACGAGCAGGAGGGGUUCGCUGAGGGGUUCGUCAAAGCCCUGGACGAGCUGCACAAGAUGAACCACAUGCCCCCUCCCAAUGUGUCCAUCGGCGCCGGCGGAGUUACGACGUGUUCGGCGGCGGCACCCAGUGUCUUCGGCUCCGCCCUGCAGCCGGAGCCUCCCAUCUACACAACACUGAACGCCUACUGCCCGAACACGAGUCUCUCUUCCGCAUCCAGCUACCCCACGGCCACCAUCAGCUACCUGCCGCCGCACCAGCAGAGCCACCCGCAGCCGUCGACGCACGGCGCGCACCACCCGUUCCAGCACACGCUGCCCGGCUCCGGGCUCCAUCCGCAGCGGCUCCUCGCUCUGAAGGAGGAGCCCCAGACCGUGCCCGACCUCCUGAGCAGCGACGGCUCGCCUCCGAUGUCUCCCAUCGACCUGGAGACCCAGGAGCGCAUCAAGGCGGAGCGCAAGAGGCUGCGCAACCGACUCGCGGCCACCAAGUGCCGGAAACGCAAGCUGGAGCGCAUCGCCCGGCUGGAGGAGAAGGUGAAGGGCCUGAAGAACGAUAACGCGGGGCUCUCCAACACCGCGUCGGUGCUGCGGGACCAGGUCGCCCAGCUCAAGCAGAAGGUCCUGACGCACGUGAGCAGCGGCUGUCAGCUGAUGCUCACCAGCAAGAUGGAGGCGUUUUGAGCGACAGACACUAUACAAACUGAAUGAAAAGUAAUAACACUGGAGUCGUGUUCUGCAUGCGCGGCACUGGAAUGCCGGGCCCAUGUGUUGUCGGCUUCGGCAGCAGCACAUGGGCCGGGGCGGGGUGGGGGCUAUGUGUAGACAACUCUGUAGAGGCUCUCCGGGGUGAAAAGACUGAUUGAAAAUGGUACUUCCGGAUGCUGGACACCGCUCAAGGGACCAUUCAACCCUACAGAACCCGGCGCAAGCAUCCAGACUGAACAGACACUGAGCGACACACGGCGGGCACGAGCCCACCACAAGUUCUGGUUUUACUCGUGGUAGAAAAUGGGAACGAUACUUUGUACCUUUUGUUUUUUUGCAACUGAUAUUGUCAUGCAAUGCUGCAUUCAUUCUCUCUGUAAAUUAUUUUGUGUUUGUUCGGUUGAUCCAGACAAACUUUAAGAUGUCCAAUGUUUACAAUGUCUUUUUUUUUAUUAUUUGUCUUGUGUAUUUAAGUAAAGUGUCUUCAAAGGAGACGGAAAAUGUGAA